AUGUCAACAGGUCACCCCGUGGACUGUGUACCACUCCACCAGGCAGCCGAAUCCUGCGACCCGGUUGCUAAGCUUUGCGCCUUCCUGAUGGCAAAACGCGGAUGGAGUCACCACCGACUGGCGCAGGCGCUUGGGGUCCCCCCGCUUGUCCUGGAGGAAUGCAUUCGUAACGGCGUAUCCUCAGGGGCGUUGCACGGGCGUUUAGCGCGAUGGAUCGCGGAGGGCGGCGGCGCCUCUUUGCCGCAAAGCCUGGUGCAGGCUGUUGUUCAGGCUCCGGCGGGAAUUCUGUCGGGUAGCGACACACCGGAGAGCCAGUUGGAUGGUGACCCACUUGCUGACCUGGACCCUGUCACCCGGGCGUAUUUUGUGGAACUUGGGUCUAGCAUUGGACAAAGCUUCAUUUCUAUUUUAAACGAUCCACGUCAAGCAAGGGACAAUUUUAGGUGGGGCUCUUGGUUCGUUGGGAUUGUGUCCAAUGCUUUGGAUCACAAGACCUACAUGAAGCGGGCAGGGACUGUUACUAACGAGCAACCGUCGUCAGAUACGUUGAUGGCCAGGUAUAAUCAAAACUGGGACUACAUGCCAUAUCUGCAACUUGUGUCAGGGACAUUAAGUGAAAACAACAAAGGGGUGGAACCCUUGGCGAAUGUUCCCGCGGCUACGCCACAACUCGGUUCCGUUCUGUCGUGCGCACUAAAUGAAAACCUACCGUGGCCCCAGGGUGUGCCAGAGGAAUUCUUUGACACAUCGUACGAUGCGGCCAACGAGCUCCGCCUUCUGGAGCGGGUAAUUGAAGAACGAGGAGGAAGUAAGAUAGAUGAAGAUGGAGUUCCGAUCACCGCUACAACGUUCUCAGAUGAUUUUGAGGAGAUUGAAAAGCGCAUGAAGAAAUUACGCGAGUGGGAAGGCGCGGUGGAGAGCUGCUUAUUGCGUCAUGUGCAGAGCCGUGCGGACCAGUUUUUCAUCGUGUCGCAGGAUUUCACGGAUCGUGCUGGGGAGGCGCGCAGGGCUCUUGACGACCUUCAGCAAACAAGGGCGGAUGUCGAUGCCUAUGGGACGGGUUUUGUCAGGGAGAUGAUGACGAUCGCACAGAACUACCGCAUUCGACAUGGUUUGACUGCUUCCCGGGACUUGGCCGUGGGGAUGAUGGAGACACUCUCAGCGCUGUCAGUCAAUGAAAACUGGAUAUCGCUUCCGGAGAGAGACAUGACUGAGCUCCCAGCCGUGGUUGAAAACUAUUGUGCCUUGUACAAAGCUUUAUGGUGCGGGGCCGCCGCAGGGGCAGGUGAGGCCAACAACAACAACAACAACAACAACAACAACAACAACAACUUCUCUGAGACUGGAAACUUCACGCGGGUGAGGGUGUUAAGGGAUGUUCCCGAGCGGAUGUUGCUGGCGAAAGAGAGUCUUCAUAAAAUGAUCAUGAGAGAAAUUGAGCUCACUUUCAACCCGUUGCCAGGAUCAGAUGUGGAGGAAGGCCGCUUGUUGAGAGCGGUGAGAGCAGCGGGAGAAAUGAAUCUAUUGCCAACCAUCAUUCACCAAAACCGGGAGCGACUGCCUGAUAUUAUGUGGACGAACGCUCGAAGCGUGUUUGUGACGGGCAUGAUGGACAGUGGUGCUGUGGGUGAGAAAGGAGCAAAUUCUCUUCUGGAAGUCGCCGUGGCUGGUGACAGCUCACGUGAAGAGAAGUUAUCACUCAUUGGCCUGUCCGACUCGUGCCGCUUCCCCGCUUUUAUGCGGAUUUUUAGUGCGAUCGCCGUUCAAAUAUCCCAGGCAGUGAGGCAGGCCUCUCGUUGUUGGGCUCUUCUCGUCGUUGGGGCUAGUGUGCGUUCCAGUUUCCGCGACGUUGGUGCUCAUGAUGGUGAGGAAAGUUUGUGGGAUAUGAGCAGGAGGAACUUAGUUGCGUUGUUCGCCGCGGCAGAGGGGACGGUUGCGCUGUUUUUGGAAGCGCGGUCACGGCCUUCGUGCGUCCCUACCAAUGUGCACGAUCUCGAGACACUUGUGAAGUCCGGGUACGAUUUCAUGCAGGGCAUGGUCGCAGUAUUUCACGACGUUGCGGCGAUGGUUGGUGAUUUAGGUGACCCCUGGAGCUGCCUUUCGGGUAAGCAGCUUAAAGCCGCUGUGGUGCGGCUCGGAAAGGAACACGUUCGGUCACGUCACGCGGCAAAUAUCGAAAGGAUACGCCUGACGCUAGAGGGAGAGAAGUGGGUUCCGUGUGACUCAGAUGCGGAUUUUCAGUCCCGUGUUUCCGUAAUAUUUAAUGGUGGUGACGAAGCCGUCAGCGCGCUGCGGGCGCUCAUUGUUUUCACCGAUUUUAAGGACUCGCGCGAAACUCACCCCAGUUCGCCGAAGACGUGUCAGGAGAUGGCAGUGGCUCCAUCGAAGAAGCCAGAUGCGGUACCGGAUCUCAAUUUUACGGCAGUCGGUGAGGGUAAGGUAAAUAAGCCGUUUAUAUUACCUUCGUUGGGUGGACAAUUCGAUGGACGAGUGGUGAGUGUAUCCCUGCAAAUACUUCUCGAGAUGUUGCAUGAUUAUGAUGGCUACCUGGGUCGGUUCCCAUUUCUUGCUUUUGACAUCAUGGGAAAGGUGUACGAUCUCUUGAGGCUAUACAAUUCACAGUGCGCUGCUCUCCUGCUAGGUGCGAUGGCUGUGGAGACCGGUACCCUUGAAUCUAUCACCGUUCCACACAUGGCUGUAGCUUCCCAGAAUCUUGCGCUGCUCUACGACGGUAUUCCGCUCAUGCAAAGGCGCUGGGAGAGGGUGGUUGAUGGUGAUAAUUUGCCUUCCUCCAUCUCAGAGGACCUAGAGCGUGUUCGCCAGGGUUGCCAGAUGUGUCGUUUGGAACUACUGGGAAAAAUAGCAGCACUUGUAAAGGAGAAGGUAGGGGUGCUUGCUGACACUGCUAGAAGAGAGUGGCAAGACGCCGGAAGCCCGUGGGUCAUGACAACGCUACGAGAAACAGCCCGAGUCAUGCACCUCCUAAACCCUCUUGUGCCCGUUAGCGACUGCCGUGGUGUUGUUGUGCCAAUGUUAGGUACUUUUGCCCGUAUGAUGCGGACUGUGAUGAUGUCGCCUGAUAUUGACGAGGUGGAGCUUGGAGUCAUGAGGUCGGAUGUGCUUGUGUUUAAGGCCAAUGUGGAGAGGUUCGGCUUUGAUGUUAUGCGUUGUAUGGAGUUAUGCGCGUCACCAACUGACGCCAUGAAAGAAUCAAAGGAGCCCUGCGCAACGGAUGAAGCUGUCUUGGCAUGGUUCUUUGGUCAGGCGUAG